ACCGCAUCUGCGCUCUCAUUGGCUGUAAUCUCUCACCCUACUGCUACCGCAUUGGCUGCAUGAGGAUUCUCUGUACCAAACACCGGUAUGGCGGCGAUCGGUGUGCACUUGGGGUGCACGUGUGCGUGUGUGGCCGUGUAUAAGGAUGGUCGCGCUGAUGUGGUCGCCAAUGAUGCCGGUGACAGAGUAACACCUGCUGUGGUUGGAUUCUCGGAAAAUGAAGUGAUUGUUGGCUUGGCGGCAAAACAGAGCAGAGUGAGAAAUGCAGCAAACACUAUUGUGAAAGUGAAACAAAUCUUGGGGAGGAGCUUUGGAGACCCACAGACUCAAAAGCACAUCUCUGAAAGCAAAUGUUCAAUAGUUGAUAAAGCAGGAAAACCAAAGUAUGAAAUAGAUACAGGAGAAACUGUGAAAUUCGUAAGCCCAGAAGAUGCUGCUAAACUUGUCUUUAGUAAAAUGAAAGAGACCGCCCAAUCAGCUUUGGGAUCAGAUGUCAGUGAUGUGGUUAUCACUGUUCCUUUUGAUUUUGGUCCAAGUCAGAAAAAGUCUCUUGGGGAGGCGGCAGCAGCUGCUGGAUUCAAAAUUUUGCGUAUGAUUCAUGAACCAUCCGCUGCUCUCUUGGCAUAUGGUAUUGGGCAGGAAGAAGCUACUGGUAAAAGCAAUGUAUUGGUGUACAAAUUAGGAGGUACGUCAUUAUCUGUUACGGUGAUUGAAGUUAACAGCGGAAUAUAUCGAGUUCUAGCAACAAAGACUUAUGACAACAUUGGAGGAGUCUGUUUCACAGAAGCUCUAGCUCAAUAUCUGGCAUCUGAAUUUCAGAGGUCAUACAAACAGGAUAUUAAAGGAAAUGCUCGAGCAAUGAUGAAGCUUAUGAACAAUGCUGAUGGAGCUAAACACUCCCUAUCGACUUUAGGAAGUGCCAAUUGUUUUGUGGAUUCGUUACAUGAUGGCAUUGACUUUGAUUGCAGUGUUUCCAGGGCUCGUUUUGAACUCAUCUGUUCUUCCCUGUUCAAUCAGUGCAUGGACCCAAUCAAAAGGCUUUUGGAAGAAGUUGAAUUUAAAGCUACUGAUGUGAAUCAGGUAGUACUAUGUGGAGGAUCUGCUCGCAUGCCAAAAUUGCAACAAUUAAUUAAGGACCUAUUUCCAGAGGUGGAACUGUUAAACAGCAUACCUCCUGAUGAGGUCAUUCCCAUUGGCGCUGCCAUAGAAGCUGGAAUUCUGGUUGGUAAAGACGAUCUAUCUACAGAUCUGGACUCCAUUACCAUUGAGUGCUCUGCCAGCGAUAUACUAGUGAAGGAAGCUGAUGAGUCCGGAGCGGAGAAGUUCACUGUUCUGCUGCCUUCAGGAACCCCACUCCCUGCUCGUAGGCAGCACACACUACAAGCAUCUGGGAACAUCGCCUCUGUGUGUUUGGAGUUGUACGAGUCUGUUCCUAAAUCAACUAUAUCUGACAGCAGUAAAUUUGCACAAAUUGUACUUAAAGAUCUGCAGAAGAAAGAAAAUGGCGUUCAUGAUAUAGUCACUGUACUCACAAUGAAGAGAGAUGGAUCUUUACAUGUAACUUGCACUGACAAAGACACUGGAAGAUUUGAGAUGAUCACAGUAGAAGAGUCGUCCUAAUUCUUAAUAACCAUCUAUCAAUCCACAAAAAGAACCAGAUGUUUGGGAAGAUGCCAGAAAUGCACCAACCAGGAAAGCUUGCAGUGAACGGCGCAUCCGCGUUGCAUGUUUUUCUUGCAAAUGCUGCGACAAUAGCAGAAAAUCAUAUGGUCAUAACGGAGGUUUUUUUUUUUCUUUUAAUGGAAAAGUAUAAGGGUUCUGCUGGCCCUUUUAGCAUCUGGAAAUAUUUCAGUAUUCAUGUUGCAAUUGCCCAAAAGCACAGCACCUUCAUAUGGAAGUAACAUAAAAAAUAACGUCAUCCUGUGUUAUUGGAAUAUUUUUAAACCCUUCCACAAAGCAUGAGAGUUAUAUCGUCCUUAAAAUGAACUGCACAUAAAUGAUCCUUCUUUCAAUCAAUUAUAUUGAGAUCUGACCCUUUUACAAACACUGUAAAGGCAAAUAUACUGUGCACUGCAAGUUUAGUUACUCUAGAUCUGAGGGGAAGCUCUGCUGAUUUCUAUCAUUCGAUCAUGUGCAAGCAAAAAAAAUGUUUUUCUUUUCCUUGCAUGCAAUUGGUUAUUCUUUGCCUUUGUGAAGCUUUAUCUCAUUUAGUAAGCUCUGGAGGAAGUACACAGUAUAAAUCAACCCCAUUUGCUCUAGGACUUAUGGAGGGCAAUUAAUAGUCUUACAUUUUUCUGUUAUUGGAGAUCUUUUUGUGUUUGUUAGUAUUUUAAAACCUGACUAAUCGACAUUUAAGUUGCUGUUGCCUUUCUAUUUUUGUAAAGAACCUUUAGUUUAGAUUACACAAAGUUAUGUGCUUUAUUUAAACUGUAUCCAGUAAAAGCCAACAUAUAUCAAAAU